CCUUCGUGCCGUGUCCGAUCUCGAAGCGCGUUUGCUUAGCGCCACCACGAAUUCCUCCCACACCACCUUAUCGAGAAGGGAGAGCUUAUCGAUCGAGACCGAGACGAUCGCCAACGACAGCAACGAUUGUGAACAUUUUCGUCCAAAGUUUCGGCACACCACAACUUGUCCCAUGCGCCCAGUAGCCGCCCGAUCAUGGUCCUCUUGUCGCAUAUUAAUUGGCUGAAAUAGCGACACUUCGAGACUCGGUUUUCUGCGAUCUUACUGUUUAACCUGGCUGUUACCGAAGCGCAGGUAAACAAACAGUACCGUUGCAGUCCCGGAUUCUCGAACCUUUGUCUCUCAACGUCGCAGCGAAUUCGAGUUUUGGAACCUCUAGGCGACUGAGGGGUAUUUCUCGGGACUAGAGCCACUAAAUCGUCAUGGCUGCCCAAUGGCCGCCACGGUCGCCCCACGAUGUCCUGCUUAGCACACCAGGAGGGCGAGAGAAACUACGGCGAAUUGCUGAACGCACAUCCCCAUCGCCCUCUCCAUCCCGACUAAGAACAUCACGAUCGGCUGCAGCGUUGGGUUCAAGAGCGGGAGCGGGGCGAGGUGGGGGAGAUGAUGACCCGUUUCAGGGCGAGAGGAUGGACUUGGACGAAGAAGAGGACGAGGAAACAUUGCAGCUCAAGCUCCAGGCAAUCCAGGCUCGGUUAAGGCUGAAGAAGCUACAGGCAGCGAAGGCAUUGAAAAAGGUGACAACAGAACCAGGGCCAGGGGCUGGGGAUGAUGGGGGCAUGAGGGAGGUACCUUUGCAGUCAAAGCUUGCGGCGGUACGGGACAGGCUGGACAAGCAGGCGUCACGAGAUGUCGUGCAAGUUCCGGCCUCGCCAGUCAAGAAGCAGUCUACCUCGGACCUACAAACCUCGCCGCAAAGAGUGCUGCUGGGGAUCGAUAAAGGAUUAAGGGGGGCCGAUGUGUCUCUCAAGAGAGCUCCGAGUCGGGGAGCAGGCGCCGACUCGCGGCUGGGCUUUUUACGGCGCGCCAAAACCCCACUGGACGGGCAACUGGGGCAAGAGAUAGCUCGUCCCUUGAGUUUCAACGAGCGACUCGCGUCGGCGCGGACUGAUGAGACUGCUCGCCAAGAGAGGAGAGAACGAGCACAAAAGGCGCGGAGCACCGCUUUUACUGUUGGCCAGCAAGAGAUGGAGGAGUAUAAAACAAAGGCCCUCGAUAUCCCUGACCUUCCUUCCAGACCACAAGAGUUCUCCAGAGAACAGAUUCUCUCCUCCAUCGGGAGGCCAUUAGGUGGAGGCCAAUUACAGCGCAGCAACACGGCACCAACUGUCCGGUCCGGGACUCCUUCGGAUCCGUUCUCAACGACGACCACCGCAAAGGAGGAAUCAGAAGGAGCCAUUGAACCCUACUCAGGACUGCAUCUCUCGAAGCGAAUACUGCCGCAUAACGUGUUGGCCCGCGCUGUCUCGGGGAAAAAGUCAUAUCUUCUGAAAGAUAUGCUUCGUCAAGUCAAGGCGCCAGAUUGGUCCCUCCCGGACGACGAGGUUGACAUUGUUGUCUUCGCCAUCGUCGCUAGCAAGUCCGAACCACGAAGCCACCGCCCGGGUCCUGGCAACGAUGGUAAAUCACAACAAGACCGUGGGAAGUACAUGGUGCUCACGCUCGUCGACUUAACAUUUGAAGUCGAGCUAUUCCUCUUCAACUCCGGCUUCCAGCGCUUUUGGAAGCUAACCCCUGGCACUGUCGUGGCUAUCCUGAACCCGGGAAUCCUGCCUCCACCAUCAGGGCGCGAGGCAACGGGUCGCUUCGGGCUCGUGAUCAACUCGGACGAAGAUACAAUCCUCGAGAUUGGAAACGCGCGCGACGUUGGCUACUGCAAGAGCAUAAAAAAGGACGGUUCCUACUGCAAGAGUUGGGUCAACGCGCGCCGUACCGAGUACUGCGAGUUCCACACCAACGAGGCCGUCCGAAAAGCCCGUAGCUCGCGCAUCGAGCUGAGCACAACCGCUGGUCUCGGUGGUGGCGACGGGCCGCGCGGGAGGAACAACUCCCGGCAAGGCUUCGGGAAAACCGAUGAAGAGCGCCAACGCGGCCAUUACGACCGCGCAACACAAAGCCAGUACUUUAUCAGCAACGCAUACCGUUCCACCGACCCGGACGACGAGCGAAUAAACGGUAUGGCGGACCGCAAAGAGCGCGAAGAAGGGCUCAAGCGACGCCUCGCCGAAAAAGAAAAAGAACGGGACAUCGCCCGCCGUCUCGGCGAGAUGGGAGGCGGCGCCGGCAAAGAAUACAUGUCUCGCGCAGCCUCCCGAGCUGCCUCCCGCGCGGGCUCCCGCGCCGCCGGCACAACAACAACCACAACCCGCCCAGGCCACAUCGGCUCGAGCUUCUCCUCGGCGACCUCCUCCUUCACCUCGGCGCCCGUCUCCUCCGCCACCACCUCCGCCACCUCCCUCGGCACCGUCCCCUCCCCAUCUACCGGCGGCAUCGCCCUCCACGGCGCCAACGAACCCCCCCGCAGCAAAUGGGACGCGCGCGCGCUGGGGCUGGUCGGCCGGCGCGGCGCAGACCAGCCCAAGAUCAGCCUCGGCCCGGCGCCCACCGCCGCCAAGCGCAAGCGGCCCGAGUCGUCGGGGUCGUGCUCCACCACCACCGCUGGCGGCGGCGGCGCCCAGGGGGCGGCGAACAACAACAAAGCCCCGCUCGGCUGGGGGUCGACGCUGCACCACAAGCUGGGCAGGAUGAAGGAAGGGGAGCGGCUGGAUGGGCGGAAGGCGACGGCAUUGCCGCCGCCGCUGCCAGAUAACGGCAAUAGCAAUGGCAACAACAACAGCAACCCGCCGAUUUUGAGUAGUUCGUUUAGUGGCGGCGGUGGUGGUGCUGCGGCGAGGAGGGGGGACAAGUCGCCGGUGCGGAAAAAGACGCGGUUCGUGACCGAGAAGGGCAUACGCGAGGCCGGCCGGGACAGUCUGGGGGAGCCGUUGUCGGCGGCGCUCAAGACGCGGCGGCAGGUGGUGUUGGAUGAUGAUGACGAGGAUGAUUUGAUUAUUCUGAAGUGAGCACAUUUUGGGUUGGGAGGGU